ACCUGGAAAUAUGAUCGCAUCGUGGUCUUUGACGUUGAGUUUAGAGAGAUCCUGGACAUUUCCGCGGGCGAGCCUGGCGCUCUCCACCAGCACGUUUCUCUUCUCCUCAGACGGCUCCCCUUUCAGGUGCACCAAAACAGCGGAGGCUUCGUGGAUCUCAGUGCCGUCGUAAACUCCGCAGCCCGCCAGCACCACGGCCACCCGCUUCGCCAUCUGUGCGGAGUAGAAAGUUUUGUUGAGGCUGCGCACAGUCCCGGGCGUCAGCAGGCUCCGGCCGCAGUGCAGCAGGGUGAGCAUGGCGGACUGUCAGCGGGGAAGACAACUCCGCCUCCUCCUUCUUCUUCUACGUUUUUAAAAUGA